GAACCUUUGUUUUCCUAUAUAAAUGACGAAAUCCAGCCUUGGCUCAGUUUAAUAGUAAACAACAAACGGUUUGUACUCUGAACGGUUUAUUUCAAAGCCACAAGUUUCAAUUAAAAAGUGAAUUUGUGAAGAACUUCAAUCAUGACAGCGAUUGGAAUUGAUCUUGGAACGACGUAUUCCUGCGUUGGAGUUUGGCAGCAUGGAAAGGUGGAGAUCAUCGCCAACGACCAAGGCAACAGGACGACACCGAGUUAUGUUGCAUUCACAGAAACUGAACGUCUCAUCGGUGAUGCGGCAAAAAACCAAGUCGCCAUGAAUCCCCAGAACUCGGUUUUCGACGCCAAGAGGCUCAUCGGGAGGAAAUUUGACGACCCAAAGAUCCAGGACGACAUGAAGAACUGGCCUUUUAAAGUCGUCAAUGAUUCUUCCAAGCCCAAGAUCCAGGUGGAGUUCAAAGGCGAGGUGAAAAAGUUCGCCCCAGAGGAGAUAAGCUCGAUGGUGUUGGUGAAGAUGAAAGAAAUAGCGGAGGCUUAUCUAGGCAAGAAAGUGAAAGAUGCAGUCAUCACUGUACCAGCUUAUUUCAACGACUCGCAGAGGCAAGCGACUAAAGAUGCAGGAGCUAUCGCCGGUGUCAACGUACUGCGGAUCAUCAACGAGCCGACUGCUGCUGCUUUGGCUUAUGGAUUGGACAAAAACUUAAAAGGCGAGAGGAAUGUACUAAUAUUUGAUCUAGGAGGAGGUACUUUUGACGUAUCGAUCCUGACUAUAGACGAAGGCUCCCUUUUUGAAGUGAGAUCGACUGCCGGUGACACCCAUUUAGGAGGUGAGGACUUCGACAAUCGACUUGUAAAUCAUUUGGCCGAAGAGUUCAAAAGAAAGUACAAAAAAGAUCUUAAACAAAGCCCUAGGGCUUUGAGGAGGCUGAGAACUGCGGCCGAAAGGGCUAAACGAACUCUUUCUUCAAGCACAGAAGCAUCGUUAGAAAUUGACGCUCUUUAUGAAGGCAUAGAUUUCUACACAAAAAUCACCAGAGCGAGGUUUGAAGAGCUUUGCUCUGACCUCUUUAGAUCCACUCUACUCCCAGUAGAAAAAGCCCUACAAGACGCCAAGUUGGAUAAAGGAGCCAUACACGAUGUGGUAUUAGUCGGAGGUUCAACGAGGAUACCAAAAAUACAGACCCUUUUGCAAAAUUUCUUCAAUGGUAAAGCACUGAACAUGUCGAUCAAUCCUGAUGAAGCAGUAGCCUACGGAGCAGCUGUUCAAGCGGCGAUUCUCAGUGGCGAUCAAAGUUCACAAAUCCAAGACGUGCUGUUAGUCGAUGUUGCACCUUUAUCCCUUGGUAUCGAAACUGCUGGAGGAGUGAUGGCCAAAAUCAUAGAGAGAAAUACAAGGAUACCGUGCAAACAGAGCCAGACCUUCACUACCUACUCGGACAAUCAACCGGCAGUUACUAUCCAAGUGUUUGAAGGCGAGAGAGCUAUGACAAAAGACAACAACUUGCUCGGAACUUUCGAUCUCACGGGCAUCCCACCUGCACCAAGGGGUGUGCCUAAAAUAGAAGUCACCUUCGAUUUGGAUGCAAACGGUAUUAUGAACGUCUCCGCUAAAGAAAACAACACAGGAAAGUCCAAGAACAUCGUCAUAAAAAAUGACAAAGGGAGGCUAUCUAAAGAAGAAAUCGACAGGAUGGUCAAUGAUGCAGAAAGAUACAAAGCUGAAGAUGACAAACAACGGGAAAGGAUCUCCGCAAGGAACCAACUCGAAGCUUAUGUGUUUAAUGCAAAACAAGCUGCUGAAGAUUGCGGAGACAAACUUAGCCAGUCUGAGAAAGACACUGUAAAAUCGCGGUGCGACGAAGCCAUCAGGUGGCUCGACAACAACUCCCUCGCUGAAAAAGAAGAAUACGAGCACAAACUAUCGGAACUUCAAAAAGAACUCACGAUGUACAUGACGAAACUGCAUUCAGGCCAAAGUUCACAAGGUGGCUACCCAGGAGGCGAUUUUGGAAUGCCAUCCGCAAACAAAAACCAGUCUGGGCCCACCAUCGAAGAAGUAGAUUAAAAAUAACGUAGUUUAUAGAUUGUACUCUAGUCUAAACAUUCCAUACAAAGACUUAGACUUUAAUUGAUUAUGUUCAAUUAACUUUAUA